UUGCAGUUUACGAAAAAAAUUGUACUUAAAAAAAUAAUUUUAGUAACAUUUUGUGCUAUACUUAUUAGGUAUUUCGCACCAUACAUAUUAUGUAGGUCUCGAACUACAGAUAGUUAACGGUCUCGUACGUUCUAAAGUUUUAAAUAUUUUAAAGUAUUUGAGUAAGUACUUAGAGUAUAAUAAAGUGAAUUAAACUGAAUAUGGAGCUGUAAGUACCAGCUAGUAAUUGGGGGUCACAAUGGUAUAAAGUGAGCAGUUAAAGUAAACAAGUCUCCAUUUGCGGGCGUUACCGUCGCCAGCAGGUCAAUCGGCGACCUGCGGAGGAUGCGCCCCGGUCGUCCAGACGCAUGGUCUGCGGAUCCGCGCAACAGUCUUGUUCCGGCGGCACUACGCGAUGUUACCCGCGCUUUUUCAUUUGACCAAAAUUUUCUCGUAUUGUAGUGAAUUGGUUUAAUUUGUUUAAAGAAUUGUUUUUCAAAACUUUAGAAAUAUGUGCGAAUGGCUGGCGAGUCGCGAGUGGUGCGAUGUGCAGUUGCAAUGCAAUGGUCGUUCAUUCAGCGCACACCGAGCCGUUCUUGCCAGCGUCAGCGCGUUCCUUAGGCAAAUACUUCUCGCGUGUCCGCACGAAGAAACACCAACGUUUAUAGUCUUGCCCGACUUUGAUCUCGACGCCAUGUCAUCUGUACUAUAUUACAUUUACAAUGGAGAAGUUAUAAUUCACAACAAUAAGUUGGAGACAUUUUUAGAGAUUAUUCGUACUAUGCAAAUAUUUAUUGAUGAAAAGUAUUUGCCUAAAGCGUUUAGUGUAGGGAACGUAGAAACUAAAUAUACGGCAGGCAAUAAUAAAUUCAAAGUAAAAAACAAUGAAAUAUUUUCAUUGGGAAAUUGUGACGAUAAAAACUAUAUCAAUAUCAAGAAAGGAAGUGAAAUAUGGGACUUGUUGCAACCGUGCUCAUAUAACAAUACAGUUCAGCGAGAUAAGCAAGUGAGACGUCACGGGCUUACUUGUUUAGAUGAUCUGCAACCACAGUGCAGAGACCGACAAAGGAGUAGUUUCUUACGUGAUUUAUGUAUCGAGACAUAUCCUCGGAACGGUAAUGUUAACGGUCGGACGGCAGGCGUGCUAGCCAUAUCAAACGAGCGCUAUCGUGAACCGACAUCAGUGCUCUUGACGAAUGCAAAUGACAAAAAUCUCAGAGUUGAUAAUGCUCCAGACAUCUCUAAGGAAUCGACAGAUGUGCCUUUUUGGUACUCUGGUACGAAAAAUCUGAAAGAAACCUUUGGUGCCCAAAACUUUAACAAUUACGAAUCUAUUAAUUUGAAAAAUUUUAGCGCAAUGCAUAUUUAUCCAAAGUUACGUUUACAUGGUCUUACUAAUUCAAGCAACAUAUUAACGAAUUGUCUUUCUUUACCAUCACAAAUGAUUCCUUUCGGAUUAACAGAAAAUAAUUGCAAUAAGUUUAGAGAAUAUCCCGGUAAGAAAUUACCUGAAGGGCACAAGGCUCUACUUAAAAGAGAUUUUAAAGUAAGUGGCAGUAGUAACAAAACGGCAAAGAAUGCAAUUUUAAAUCAAGUCCUAGGAAGUCCAUGGAGUCCACGCUUACCUGUUAAUUAUAGACCAAUACACAGGAAAGAGGAGGAAGCUAAAGUUUCAACGUCAACUAAGAAAAUCGAACACAAAAUGGAUACAUUGAAUGACAGCAAUAAUAAUGUUAAAACACCACAGAGCAUCGAUGUCAGAGAAAGGGUACCCGCGAACGGCGACGCUAUCGAACAAUCCAAUACAUUACACGUUAACGCCUGCAACGUAGGUGGCAGUGAAUUUCAAUGCACUGUAUGCAAUCAGGUAUUCACCAGUAAUGAGACUUUAGCAAGUCAUAUGAAGCGCCAUGUCUCCACCUCAAGGUACAGCUGCAGCGAGUGUGGCAAGAGUUUCUCGCAGCUUCGCAACUUCAAGUACCAUAUGUCGAUUCACAGAGGGACACGGGAAUUCGCUGCUACUUGCACUGUUUGUGGCAAAUACUUCAACGAUCGCGGGUACCUUAGCAGCCAUAUGAAGAUCCAUAGAAAUCGAAAAGAGUACAAGUGUUCACAGUGUCCGAAGUCGUUCAACCAGCGGGUGGCGUACAACAUGCAUGUUAGGAUUCACACAGGGGUGAAGCCUCACGUGUGCGGCGAGUGCGGAAAGGCGUUCUCACGCAAGAUGCUACUGAAGCAGCACCAGCGCACCCACUCGGGCGAACGCCCUUACGCCUGUCCGCAUUGCGACAAACGUUUUGCUGACAGAUCUAACAUGACUCUGCAUCUGCGGUUGCACACUGGUGUAAAACCGUUUUCCUGCGCUCUGUGCUCUAAGUCCUUCACUAAGAAGCAUCAUCUCAAGUCGCAUCUGAACUUCCACACUGGCGCGAAACCCUACUCUUGUCCGCGCUGUAAGCUCGCUUUCACUCAGUCAUCAAAUAUGAGGACUCAUCUGAAGAAGUGUACCGCUCCAGAACCAAUUAACAACGGGCCUCUUCCUAGCAGUUAAUACUUACAUACGUUAUUUAUUUAAUUCGUCG